UUCUGCGGCUGCGCUCCGUUACCAGUUUUAUCCUGUUGAUUCAGGUGUGGCAAAUGCUAGAGCUUUAGCAGUGCUCCUCGACGACUACACAAAGAAUUGUGUGUCAAAUUAAUGGAUUUUCAUCUGAAAUGAAAUUCAUCAUCUUCUUCAUCUACAUACCUUUGGUUCGUUCAGAGUUACACACGCUCAAUACUACAUACACUGGAGUAAAUGGACAGAGGUUUGCAGGAACUCCAGAGUUUUCUUCUGUAACUACACUGGAUUCACAACAGAUUGAUGAUUAUGACACUGUGACAAAGAAGCUGAUUCCCAAACAGGACUGGAUGAAGGAGUUUGCAUCUACAGAAACAUGGAAAGAAUACACUGAGAUCAGAGAACGAGUGCAGCAGAUCAACAAACUCAACAUUCCUGAUCUAAUGCAGAGAUUCAGUCCUCCACGUGAUCACACGUAUCAGAGAGUGUAUGGAUGUGUUUGGGAUGAUGAGACUGGACACAUAUAUGGGUUUGAUGAGUACAGUUAUGAUGGACAGGAUUUCAUCACACUGGACCUGAAGGAGAACAGAUACACUGCAUCUGUACCACAGGCAGAAGCCACAGUGAUGAAGUGGAACGAGGACAGAAAACAACUUGAUUUUCUGAAACAAUACUACAGAUAUGAGUGUGUUGACUGGCUGGAAGAGCUCGUACAUUUCUCUAAAGCUUCUCUUAAGAAAACAGGAACAGUACCAGAGUCAACAGAACAGAGUUUGACUGAGCCAGCUGUGAUUGACACCAAGAGAGACGGUAAGUUGAGAACUGGUUCAUUUUUCUCUUUGUACAUUUGACUUAUUUUAGAGGCAAAACACAUCAGAAUGCCUUUGCUUGUUUUCUAUUGUUGUUUUUAGGUUUAUUUUCUUUAGUGUUGUUUAUGUUUUUCUGUCAUAUUAUUCAUUUCAUAUUAUGUAUA